AUGUGUCAUUUCGCUCGAAAGGGAAUUUAUAACCCAAUGGAUACAGCCGUGAAAGCUCUACGGGUCGAACAACUGGAUGCACAUGUAUUGGAUCGCGAAAUCAGAGACAUUGUCCAUUCUAGCCUGGAGGAAUGGAUCUCAACGUUGCCAACUGCCUUCCAACGCUACAUGGAUCGAGCCAAACCGGAAUUGCGAUUGGGAUGUGAGGCAGCGCUCUGGACUACGCGAAUAUAUGCAGGUUCGAGUCCAGGCCAAGGCAUCCUUGAUGUCUUCUACCGCGGCUAUACCACCAGAAAGGUUGCUGUUCACUUUGUCAUCAGCGUGCUUGUGCCGUAUCUACUGAAACGUCUGGUAGACUGGCGGCAGGACACUCAUCGUUUGGUCGAAAGAUUGGAGGGAGCGACUACGCUUGCCAACAUUGCACACUACCUGUACUUCUUGAGGAAGGGCGGCUUUAGCACGCUCGUCGAGAGAGUGCUUCGGUUACGCAAUUAUAAUCGAGAUGCUCCGUCAAUGGGAAAUGUGAAUCUUGACAAUCAGAACCGCGAACUGCUGUGGCACACUUUCCGUGAUUUAAUUGUUCUCCUCUGGCCAAUUUAUCGGCUUGCGGAAAAUCGUUGGUUGAAAUGGAGCCAGAAGACGGCAACAAGUGAAUCGGUUGACGUUUGCCCGAUAUGUGGCGAGGUGUUUGUAGCCCCGGUUGAGGUGGAGCUAUGCGGGCAUGCCUUCUGUUACUGGUGCAUAGCAGCCGGCCCUAGCCGAAAUUCGUGCCCAAUCUGCGCCUCAACACCAUGCACUCUACGUCCCGCACGCGGAAACCGCAUAUUCCCACGCGAA